AUGUCUGAGUGGUAGGUGGGUGCGACAUGGUUGCUAGGGGUGUUGGAACCGGAAACGGACAAAAGCGUCCCUGGACGCUCCAUCAGCGGGUUCUGUUUUGAUAUGUUGUUGUUUUGCUAGCAGACCCAGUGAAACCAUUCUACUCAUUUGUAAGGGAAAAUGUCGAUAAUAAUCGCGCUUGACUGAUCUUUCCCUUACUGGGAUAACUUGUAGUUAGUAACCAUGACAGCAGCUGCUGCUCUGCAGAUUGGAGACCAGCUGAUCCUGGAAGAGGACUACGAUGAGAACUAUAUCCCCUCUGAACAAGAGAUCCACGAGUACGCACGAGAGAUUGGCAUUGAUCCCAAUCGGGAGCCCGAGCUCCUAUGGCUGGCCAGAGAGGGCAUUGUUGCCCCACUGCCUCCCGAAUGGAAACCCUGUCAAGACGUGACGGGGGACGUGUACUACUUCAACUUCUCCUCGGGCCAGUCCACCUGGGACCACCCGUGUGACGAGCAAUACCGCAGCCUGGUAAAUCAGGAGCGAGAACGAGCCGGCACCCAGCCUCAUGGGCCCCCCAUCACCGCCGCUAAAAAGGAGAAGAAAAAGAAAAAAGACAAGAAGGAGAAAAAGAAGAAGGCAAAAGACCAAGAGCUCCUGAAGCCACCAGGACCAUUAAGCUUGACCCUCGGGCCACUGCAGGCCCCGUUGGGGAGCCUUGCUCCUCUACGGGGUCUUGAUGGCCCGGCCUUGAGGGGGUCCCUGAGCAGCUCUGGAGGGCUGGAGCCCCUGAAGACUCCCCUUGGGGGUCCUCUCUCAAGCCUCGGGUCCAGUCUGCUGGGAGGGCGACAGGAGGAGCGUGUGGCUUUCUCGCCGCCUGGGUUCGAGGAUGACGAGGAUAACAUCUCAGAGGAUGAGCAGCCGAGUCGUCGUGGCUCGGCCAGACUGUUACAGAACCUGCACCUGGACUUGGAUGCGUUGGGAGGAGGGCUGCAGUAUGAGGACAGCGAGGCCAGUGGAGUGGCCCCACCAGAGGGGAAGACAGAAGCAGAGCUACGAGACUUGGCCCUGUCUGGAGUGCACAGCCCUGAGUCCCCCUCUCAGCAGGACUCCCUUCGUGGACGCCACCUCCUCUCCACCCCACCACGCGGAGGCAGCAGGGACUGCAGUAGUGCUGCUGGGGUCUGCCCCCCUACCCCAGACCCCCAGCCUGCUAAAACUAGAGACAGUGGAGAGGAGGAAGAAGAUUAUGAGGAUGGGUGGGGAGAGGACAGAGAGAGUGUGGCUGAGGAGGGAGGAGGUGAAGAGGAGAACCAGAGAGAAGUAGGGCAAGCGAGUGAGAAGAAGAGAGGAGAGGAGGGGGAGGGCAAGGACGUUGAGGCCGAGGUCAGUGAGGAGGUAGAGUGUGAAGGAAAGUUGGAGGAGGGAGAGGAGGAAAGUGAUGAGGUCAUAAAGAGGUGUGUAAAAAGUGAGGAUGGGGAGGAAGAGGAGACUGGUGACGUAGUUGAGGAAAAUGUCAAUACAAAUGAGGGAGAAGGAGGAAGUGAUGAAAUGAUGGAGAGAUAUCUUGGAGAGCAAGGAGAGAGUGAUGAGGUAGUAGAGCGGUGUGUUACAAAUGAAGAACUAGAGGUGGGUCAUGACAAACAGGUGGAGGACUGCAAUGAGCUAGUUGAGAGCCGUGUUAAAAGUGAAGAGGAACCAAAAGAGAGUGAUGAGAGAGACACUAAAAGUGAGGAAGCAGGAGAGGAAAAAGGGGGGGAACAGGAGGAAGAGAGUGAUCAGGUAGUAGAGAGAUAUAUGAAAGCGGUGGAGGGAGGAGAUGAGGAAAGUGAGAUAGUGGGUGAGAGAUAUUUCAAAAGGAAGCAUGUGGAAAGGAAGGAAGAGACUGUUAGAGACAGUAUAGAGGAGGAAGAUGAGGCAAAGGGAGAUGAGGAUAGUGAGGAAGUGGUUGAGAGGUGGUUGGAAGAGGAGGCUGAGGAGGGCGAGAGGGAGGUGGUGGAGAGGUGUGAGGAAGAGGCGGAAGAUGAGGGUAAAGAGGAGACUGGGGAGGGUGAGAGUGCGGUGGUGGAGAGGUGUGUGAAAAGUGAGGAAGAUGUGGAAGAUGAGGGUAAAGAGGAGACUGGGGAGGGUGAGAGUGAGGUGGUGGAGAGGUGUGUGAAAAGUGAGGAAGAGGUAGAAGAUGAGGGUAAAGAGGAGGCUGGGGAGGGUGAGAGUGAGGUGGUGGAGGGGUGUGUGAAAAGUGAGGAAGAGGUAGAAGAUGAGGGUAAAGAGGAGGCUGGGGAGGGUGAGAGUGAGGUGGUGGAGAGGUGUGUGAAAAGUGAGGAAGAGGUAGAAGAUGAGGGUAAAGAGGAGGCUGGGGAGGGUGAGAGUGAGGUGGUGGAGGGGUGUGUGAAAAGUGUUGAAGAGGAAGGUAAACAGGAGGGAGAGAGUGAAGUGUUGGAGAGGUCUGUGAAAAGUGAGGAAGUGGAAGAGGAGGUCGGCGAAGAAGAGGCUGAUGAGGGAGAGAGUGAAGUGGUGGAGAGAUGUGUGAAAAGUGAGGAAGGGGAGGAGGGUAAAGAUGAACCUGAGGAACUGGAGAGUGAGGUGGUGAGGGAGAGGUGUGUAAAAAGUGAGGAAGGGGAGGAAAAUGACAAAGUCUUCGCGAGAUGCUCGCUGAGUGAAAAACAGGCUAGGGAAGGAGAGGAGAGCAGGGAGGUGGAGGGGUGCUUCAAAAGAGAACGAAAAGAAAUGGAAGGAGACAAACUUGAAGAAGACAGUGAUGAGGUGUUGGAAAACUGCAUUCAGACCGUGCAAGCCUCACCGAAACCCAAAACAUCCGCAAGAUCAGAGGAAGUAAUCGAGAGACUCGAACAACAAACGGUCCAAGCUAAGUCCCUGGGGAAGAAGAAGAAGUUAGCAGACCUUAAACAAAGUGACAACAUGGAGGUGUAUGUGGGGAAGAUGAAGAAUGUGCCCAAACAAAGCCCUCUACCAGCAGAGCAGUCGGAGGCCAGCGAGCACAUGGAGGUGGCAUCUUCCUCCACCGAGGACCUCAAGUCUGGUUUUGGCUCCAGGUUGUCAGAGAAAGUCCUGGACCUGAAGGAUCUCUCCCCUGCUGUUAGUCCACUCCUGCAGGACAAAGUGGGGAUAGUGAAAGUCAGUGCGGAGGAGGAGAAGAAGGAACGGAGGAAGAGGGCAGAAGCUGCAGAGAGGCGUCUCCAUGGUGCAGGCAGGGAGGAUCCAGUGAUGGAAGACAGGCCCCCCAGCCAGCCCAGUGAAUCCCAGCAGACCACAGGGUCCUCCCACUGUGAGCCGGAACCCCGGCCGCGGGCCGAGGGGGUCAGCACCAGCGCCAGCCUAGGGGUGCCGGGGGUCCAGCGGCCUGACACCUCCAGAGGCCGCCUGGUUAGGAGCCCCAACGCCCACUACAAAGAGGAAGCCCCCAGACAGGGGGAGGACAGCAGAUGGGCCCAGGAGGAGGAGAGGGAGAAGGAGAGGAGGGAGACUGAGAGGAAGAUAGAGGAGGAGAAGGAGCGUGCGCUGCGGGAGAGGCAGGAGAAGGGGCGCCUCCUUCAGGAGGAGCUGAGCCGGGAGGAGGAGGAGGAGGAACGGAGGCUGAAGGAGGAGAGCAAGGAGAGGGUCAGGAGCCUGAGGGAGAGGCUCCAGAGUAAGGGGAGGGAAGAGGAGAGCAGGCUGAGUGUGGAGUCUGAAAGCAGGCUACUGGAGCUGAGGGAGAUGGCCCGGAGGGAGAGAGAGAACCAGCAACGCAACAUCAGGGAGGAGGGCGAGGCGAUGCUGAGAGAGCUGCGUGCCACCCUGGAGGCGGAGCGAGAGAGGGUAGAGGCCCAGAGGAGGCGGGACCUGGAGCGACUGAGGGAGGAGUCAGAGGAGAAGCUACAUGCGGAGAAGCGGAGACUGCUUGGGGAGCGGGAGGAGCAACUCAGCUCCCUCAAACAGGAGGGGAGAAGCAGUGCCAGUGAGAGGUGGAGGGAGUUGAAGAGCCCUCGUAGCCCAGAGCAGCAUCUAGCAGAGUACCAAAGAGAGUUGGGAGACGUGCUCCAGGAAGUAAGGGAGGAAGUGCAGCGUGACCACGCCAGGAAGCUGGGGCAGCUCAAAGAUGACCACCACCGAGAACUCAGCUCUAUCAGAGAGAGUCAUCUGGACCAGGAGGCUGUCCAAAAGGAACAGUUGCUGUGUGUCCUGCAGGAGGAGAGGGAUCGCCUGCUGGCCGCACACAGCGCCCAGCUGGAAAGACUCCGUACACAGCUAGACUCCCAGCUCUGCAAGACCCGCCAGACGCACACACGCAAGGAGGCAGAGAUUCAGGAGCUGGGGGACAGGAUGGAGCUGAGGGCCAGGGAACUGAAGAGCCAGGAGACAACACUGAAGACCCAGGCAGCGAAUUUGAAGAAGAGGCGGCAGCAGCUUGGGGAUGAAGAGGAUGAGAUAGACAGAGGAAUCGAGGCUCUGCCUGGAGUCAUGCAGGAGAGAGAUGGACUGAGAGAGGAUCUGGAGCGGGUGGAAGGAGAGAGGGACAGGGCGAGGCAGGAGGCGGAGAGAGGGCGGGAGGAGAGGACCAACGCGAGAGAGGAGUUGGAGAGAAUGAGGGAGGAGAGGGACAAAGCGAGAGAGGAGAGCAGGAGGAUGAAGGAGGAGCGGGACCGGCUGGAGAGCAAGGUGGAGCUGCUGCAGGAGCGAUGUGAUCGGCUGGGCCGCAGAGUCAGUGAUCUGGAGCAGAGUGAGAUCAAGAGGCCUUCUACUAGACUGGACAGAACAGAGGAGGAGAGGAAGAAGGAGAAGGAUUGUGAGGCAGCGCCCUCUGCUGGACAGGAGAAAGUGCUGCAUGUGGAACACCUGAAAGAACCUCUCUCCCCCAUCUCCAGAGACAGCGAGAGCAGCUUGGACGACUUGCAUCAGUACAUCUCCUCUGAGGGCCUGUCCCUGCAGAAGGCCCGGCGCUUCCUGGAGAGGGAGAGUGGUCGUCUGAGUGAGAGACAGGCAGCGCUGCAGGCAGCGCAGGCCCAGUCCAGCUCCUCUCAGUACCCCAACACCACCAGCCACGCCCAGGCCACACAGGAGAUGUACAGGAACCUGCAGCAGGUACGUGAGGCCAGUGAUGUGGAGGAGUUGAGGGUGACUGUGCAGAGGGGGAACUCGCUGCUACGCAGGAAGGAGGAGAGACUGCAACAGCUAGAGAGCUCCGUAGCUGAAGAGGUCUCCCAUCAUCACUACUAUGAUGACCAGGGCAGACUGGCUGAUGAUAGGAAGGUGACCUUUGAUGUGACUGAAUCGGAUAUGAGCAGCGCCAGCAACGGCCAUGAUGGCCCAGGUGGGGAGCCCACAGUGCCAGCUAAGGUGCAGCACUUAGCCGAGUCGCUCCAGCACAUCUCUGGCCAGCUCAACACAGUCCUGGGGGCCCUGGGCUCCCUGACCCAACGCCAGACCCCUUACCAGCCUCUCCCCCUACCUCUGCCCCUCUCCCAGCCCCGAACCCCCACCUCAAUGCCUCUUUCACAGCUCUCCAUGCCUCUGUCUGGGCCCUCCUGGGCGUGGGCCCCUCACAGCACCUCCACCCCAUUACGGGAUUCUGAGGACCUGCUCAAUAGCCGCUGGGCCAAGCUCUUCCCUGGGGCUCCUAUUGAGUCCAUAGCCACCAGUUCCUUGAGGACCAAUGCACUUUAUUCAGGGUACAGUCCUGCAAGUGAGCAGGCUCGUAGUCUGUCCUCCAUGCAGCCUAAGGCAGUGGAGAUGGAUGGCCAGAGGCUUCAGGGCCUGAUCGACGGCAACAAGAGAUGGCUGGAGACACGCAGGAAAGACCCCAGUGUACCUCUGUUCACGCGGUAUCGGACCCCCCCAACUAUGAGUGGACUGGUCCAGUUGAGCCUGGAUGACAACAACCAGAUUAAAGUGUACCAUUACUAAAGGGGGAGGGAGAAGUUACAUAAAGAGCAAGGAUCAACACAAGCAGAUAAAGCUGUAUUGUUAUUGAAAAAAGGCUAAGGACAGGGGUGUGUUUUUAAAAAUUCACUUUUAAUGCAGGGAUCCCUCUAGCUCUGGUCCAGGGCGCUACUAGAGGAACCGCCCUCGACUAUGUGUGGACCAAAGGAACGCCCUGGACCAGAGCUUGGAUUCCCCUGCAACCAAAUUUCCAUAUCAGAUUACUGUAAGAAACAUUUUUUAAGACAUCUGACCUCCAGUGUACUCCUCAGGUUUAACUGUGAUUGUGUGACAGAAGAGGACACUAGGGCGGUUUCAGUGGUCUCUGUAAUUUCAUUCCAUUGGCAUGCAAGGUUGAAUAGCUUGGGAGUAUGGCGACAGUAGCCCCGUAGUCAACAAAUCAGUUUGUUUGCCUCAAAAACAGAAUGCAUAGUUGUUACAUAUUCAAUAGGUGCUUCACUUUAUUAGGAGAGAUACCGUUGAUAUCUUACAUUUAUAAGCCUCAUAACUGAUGUGAUAAGUGACUAAAGAUCAUUGUCAUGGUAUCAGGUUGUAAUUGUGCUGUAUGAGAAGUUCAAGCCAUACCAUAAUAACCGCUACAAGGGCAGGACAACUUGUAAAGCAUUCAGUCUGUAUGAAAUUCUGGUAAGAGAGACCCUCUUCCAGUGUGUUUACUGUGCAGAUGUGUGGAAUUUUUACAGUAUUUUUAUAAAUAUUUUAAUAAAUGUAAAGUGGUGUAUAUUCAUAA